AUGCAGGAGACCACAUGGAGUUCAACAAGCUCUUCGAAUGCUUCGCUCAAAUCAGUCCAUGAGGAAGAAAACCUGGAUGGCCAAAACGACCACACAGUAGCCUUUGCGGACCUCGAGCCAACUGCUUCCAGGAGUAUUCAACCUCCACCACAAUCCCAUUCUGCAUUCUUCGAUCCCGAAUAUGAGGUCAGAUGGGAAGAGAACGAUGUUGAAGAUCCCAAGAACUGGUCGGUUUGGAGGAAGGCGCAUACCAUCUUCGCUUGUACGAUUGCGAGUUGUACAGUUGUCUUGUACUCUUCCGCGUAUACUUCAGGCAUUUCGGCCCCACACGGCAUGACCGAGGAGCUUGGGGUCCCUAAUUCGACGAUAUCCCUUCUAGGCUUGACAACGUACCUCUUUGGUAUGGCUGCUGGUAGCAUGAUCUGGGCUCCACUGAGCGAAAUGUUUGGACGCCGCCUGGUCUACAUCUCAACAUUGUUCGCGUUCAUGUUCUUCAUCUUUCCUUGCGCCAUCGCCGAAGACGUGUCGGUUGUUCUUGUGUGCCGCUUCUUCGCUGCGAUGGUCGGAUGCUCAGUCGUUUCAAACUCACCUGGUACCAUCAACGACGUCUCCACAGACAAACACCGGGCAUUUACUUUCAGUUGCUGGUGCGCAGGAUUAAUGAAUGGGCCCGUGCUCGGACCUUUGAUAGGAGGAUUUGUCUUUGAUAACCUGGGAUGGCGAUGGAUCCACUGGAUAACAUUGAUGCUGGCCGGCGUGUCGUUCCUGCUGAUGGCAACUGUACCAGAGACGUAUGGUCCCGCUCUCCUCAGGCGUCGUGCCAAGAAGAUGAGAAAGGAGACUGGUGAUGACCAGUGGUGGAGUAAGCACGAUGAAAAGCGAGCAUUCUGGCCUUUGCUUGGAGCAUCACUCUGGAGACCGAUCUAUCUUACCGCAACCGAGCCGAUUCUCUGGUUCUGGGAUCUAUAUUUCUUGAUCAUCUACUCGAUGAAUUACUUGACGUUCGUCAUUUACCCAAGAGUAUUUGUGGGACUUCGUGGAUGGUCGACAGGCCACACUGGCCUCUCAUACCUAGGCAUCGGCGUCGGUAACGUGUUGGUGAUCGCGUGCGAACCUCUUCUGAGGAAGCUGAUUCAGCGAAGGAAGCUGGACAACAAUGGCAAGCCAACUCCCGAGUCGCCGGUGUUCAUUGUGUGUAUCGGAGCAAUUCUGGUGCCGAUUGGCGGGUUGAUGUUCGCUUGGACGUGUACACCGAACGUGCACUACAUUUGGCCAAUCCUCUCGGGCAUUCCAUUCGGAGCAGGCACAACAGCAACGUUCAUCUACGGAUCCAACUACAUCGGACGUAGUUAUGGGAUGUACGCAGCAUCCGCCAUGGCUGGCAACGUAUUGACGCGCACAAUUGCUGGCGGUACACUUCCGUUGGCCGGGCCAGCGAUAUGGGAUGCUCUGGGACCAAAUUGGCAAGGCACACUCUUGGGGUUGUUGGAAGUUGUGAUCAUCCCUAUUCCGUUUGUGUUUUACAAGUACGGCCACCUGAUCAGACUCAAGUCGAAGUUCAUCAGCAGGAUGGAACAGGAAGCCAAGGGAAGAGAAAAGGAAGGCGCAUAG